AUGACCGCAGAGGUAGAAAACGUCACUGCCAAGGUGGCUGAUCUGUCACUGAAGAAGAAGUUCUUCCCUAGUGAGCCCAAGUUUGAGUUCAUUGAGGAGCGCCAUGCUCUUUUUGAAAAGCUCUACAAGCAGCAGCUUGAGGACCAGGCCAACAUGCCGCGUCAGCCCAUCAAGAUCACCUUCACCAAGACCGGCAAGGUCUUCGAGGGCACUUCUUGGGAAACCACACCCAUGCAGGUUGCUAAGGAGCUUGGCGAUAUCGACCUGGACAGCCUCGUCGUGGCCAAAGUAAACGGCCAGGUUUGGGACCUAGGCCGUCCGUUUGAGGGCGACAGUGAGUUCGGCGUUCUGACGUUUGACGAUGAGGAAGGUCGUCAGGUGUUCUGGCACUCGUCCGCGCACAUUCUUGGUGAGGCCUGCGAGUGCUUCUACGGCGCUUACUUGUGUUCUGGUCCCCCCACGGAGGAUGGCUUUUUCUAUGAGAUGUCUAUUGAUGGCGGCGACCGAGCCAUUUCGGUCCAGGAGUACAAGGACGUUGAAGGUCUCGUUAAGAAAGUUGUCAAGGACAAGCAAAAGUUUGAGCGCUUGGUCGUGACCAAGGAGAAUCUUUUGGAAAUGUUCAAAUACAACAAGUACAAGAAGACCUUUAUUGAGACUAAGAUCCCUGACGGAACCUCCUCCACGGUUUACCGGUGCGGCUCCUUGAUUGAUCUGUGCCGUGGUCCUCACGUUGCUCACACCGGUCGUGUGAAGAACUUCAGGCUGCUCAAGAACUCUGCAUCUUACUUCUUGGGCGAUGCUGCUAACGACUCUUUGCAACGUUUGUACGGUGUUUCCUUCCCCGAAAAGAAGCUCAUGGAAGCACAUCUCAAGUUCCUCGAAGAGGCUGCUUUGCGUGAUCACCGCAAGAUCGGUCGUGAUCAGGAGCUUUUCUUCUUUAACGAGCUGUCUCCUGGUUCCGCAUUUUGGCUCCCUCACGGUGCCCGCAUUUACAACGCAAUGAUUGAGUUCCUCAAGCAGGAAUACCGCAAGCGUGGUUACGAAGAGGUCAUUACCCCUAACAUGUUCAACGCCAAGUUGUGGGAAACUUCAGGUCACUGGGCCAACUACAAGGACAACAUGUUUGCCUUUGAAGUCGAGAAGGAGACUUUCGGUCUCAAGCCCAUGAACUGUCCCUCUCACUGCUUGAUCUUCAAGAACCGUGAUCGUUCCUACCGCGAGCUGCCGUGGCGAGUUGCCGACUUUGGCGUGCUGCACCGUAACGAGUUUUCGGGCGCUUUGACCGGUUUGACUCGUGUGCGCCGCUUCCAGCAGGACGAUGCGCACAUUUUCUGUGCUCACAACCAGAUUGAAGACGAAAUCACCGGCGUCUUUGACUUCUUGAAGAACGUCUACGGCGUUCUCGGCUUCGACUUCAAGAUGGAGCUGUCUACCCGCCCCGACAAGUACUUGGGUGAGCUCGAGACUUGGAACAGCGCUGAGGAAAUGCUCACAAACGCUCUCAACAAGUGGGGCGCCAAGUGGGAGCUUAACCCUGGUGAUGGUGCUUUCUAUGGCCCCAAGAUCGAUAUCAAGAUCUCCGAUGCUCUGCGCCGCUGGCACCAGUGUGCCACCAUCCAGCUCGAUUUCCAGCUGCCUAUUCGCUUCGACUUGAACUACCAAGAUAAGGCCAAGGAGGGUGAGGCUGAUCGGUACCGUCGCCCUGUUAUGAUCCACCGUGCUAUCUAUGGUUCGCUGGAGCGUAUGAUCGGUAUUUUGUGUGAGCACUUCUUCGGCAAGUGGCCCUUGUGGCUGUCUCCUCGCCAGGUUCUGGUUGUUCCUGUCGGCCCUCAUGUUAGUGACUACGCUCAGGAGGUUCGCGACUACUUCCAUGAAGCUGGCUUCUUCGCCGACGCUGAUUUGGGUCCCAACACCCUUCAGAAGAAGGUUCGCCAGGGCCAGCUUGCUCAGUACAACUAUUUGUUUAUUGUUGGUGAGGAAGAAGCCAACACCCGCUCCGUCAAUAUCCGCAAGCGUGACGGCAAGCAGGCCAAGGGCGAGACAGUCCCCUUGGAGCAGGCUCUCAAAACUCUCCAGGAGCUGAAGGUGUCUCGUGCUUUGCACGAGUAA